AUAAUAGAACUCCAUUAAUGUGGCGUUGUUCUAAGAACCAUGUAUGGAGUGCUCCACUUUCUAGAAUUAAAAAUUUAGGACAAUGGUGUCCGCAAUGUGCAGGUCAUAUAUGGAAUGCAUCUUUUAAUAACAUAAAAAAUCAUGGCAAAUGGUGUCCACAUUGUGCAGGAAAUGCCCGUCUUACUCUUGAAGAUGCUAAGCAAAUCGCGCUUAGCCGAAAUGGUAAAUGUCUUUCAACUUCAUAUAGUAAUUCUAAAAUUCCGAUGACGUGGAAAUGCCAUCAAGGUCAUAUUUGGAGCAGUCCGUUUCAUAACAUUAAAAAUUCUGGUUCAUGGUGCCCAUAUUGUGCGGGUAUUGCAAAACUAACCCUUGAGGAUGCAAAGGAAAUUGCACUAUCUAGGAGUGGGGAAUGCCUUUCGAUUGAGUAUAAAAAUAUAGACGAACCUCUAACAUGGCGUUGCCAAUUUAACCAUCAAUGGCAAAAUACACUUUACCACAUUAAAAAUAGAAAACAAUGGUGUCCAUUUUGCAUUGGUUGUUAUCAAACAAUUGAGGAUAUGCGUAAACUCGCACAAGUAAAAAAUGGCGAUUGCCUUUCAGAUCAAUACUAUAACUCACGUACCAAGCUAGAAUGGAUUUGUGAGAAUAAACAUCAAUGGAAAGCUAUUCCUAAUAGUAUUCAACAAGGAACUUGGUGUCCAUUCUGCCCAAAAUAUAAGAGAGAAAAGCUGUGUCAUGAGAUUUUAACAAAGUAUCUUGGUGCCCCUUCACUAAUCCGCAGACCUGAUUUCUUAAAGACACAAGAAUAUCCAAAUGGACUAGAACUUGAUAUAUUUUAUCUGCAAUAUGGCUUCGCAAUCGAAGUACAAGGCAUACAACAUGAAAAAUAUCACGAAUUCUUUCAUGGAGGGGAUCCCAAUAAUUUUAUCAAACAGCAAGCAUGGGAUCAACUCAAGAAAGAAUUAUGUGAAGAAAACUGGAUUGCUUUAAGGUAUGUUUGGUACUACGAAGACCCAUAUAUAGUUAUUCCGAAACAUCUUCUGGAAUUGGGUCUUAUUGAGUAA